AUCGGGUAAGAUACCUUGUCUGAACUGACAGAGAACACCUCCAACCGAUGACAAUACAAUGUUAGUGACUGCUCACUACUAGCAAGUGACAACCUUGAAACCCCACCGACCGAGGGUCUUGAGCAUCAGUUUGAUGGAUCCCAACGCUAAAGUACUACAAUUUCUGCCCCCUUGGUCUGUUAAACAUAUGGCAUUUGACCACAAAGAUAUGUGCACCACGGUUUCUCCCCCACAUGGAUGCGAAGCGAACUCCUUCCUGACAGGCAGUUCCGGCAUCCGUACAGGCAUCCGCCUCCAAGCAAAAAAGAACCCACGGAUGCGGUAAUAUACAGUACGCGACUGAAGGAUGCCUGUUCGGAGUACUCCGUAGUAGUGGCGAGCCCACAGCAAUUCCCCUAGUCUCCCUUGCAGGUUCAGAGUCUUUUUCGCAUAAUUCGGCAGCAAACUUUUUGCUUUUACCUGCACCAUGUCAGUCAGCCAGUCAGUUUUCUUGGGCCAAGAAGCAAUCACAUCACACUCCGUACCUGCUCCUAAGGGAUAUCCUUCGCUCCACAUUCACCACGUGGACGGUAUUCGAGAUUCCGUAAAAAGUACCAGAUGGGGCUUGCCAGCUGGGCUUGCAAGGCUUGUUGAAAAACCAAAACCAAAACCAAAAAAAAACCAAAAAAACCAGCGGGCGUCUUCUCCCCUCUUUCUACCCAUGUUGCCAUGUCGUCCUACAGCUUUCAGCCCUUGUGCAGCUGAGUUGCCGCCGAGCUCUGCCCAUAUGACUAUAAGAUCGCGUGCCGAUUACCAGCUCCUCUUGAGGCAGCAAACAAGGCAUCACGGUCACAAUGGCGCCUACUCUAUGGGACGUUCCGAACUGGGGCGCUCCCACUGACAUCGCCUGUUGGUCCAUGUUUGCGGCCAUCUUUAUCCUUGUGUCACUUCGCAUAUUCACCCGGACCUACUACGGCUCCCGAAGAUCGUUCAGAGACCUGGGCUUGGACGACUGGAUCACAAUCACCUGCGUGGUUGUUUUCUUUGUCACCUGCGUCCUUCUCAGUAUCUCGAUACACUACGGAAUCGGCACCCGAAUGGACGAAAUCAAACCGCCUCAGAACGUCAAGGAAGCGCUCAAGUGGAAUAUCAUCUGCAGUCCGAUCCUGAUCUGGUGCUUCUCACUGCCAAAGUUUGCCGUCAUCGCCACCCUGAAGCGAAUCCUGGAUUACGGUCGGAAGACGUCCAUCCUGUUCUGGGGCCUAGCCGUCUCCUCCCAGAUCUGCGUGCUGAUCAGCUCGAUCUGGUGGGUGGUGCAAUGUCGCCCGAUAGCAAAGAACUGGGACCCGGAUGUAGAGGGCGAGUGCGCCAGCAUCAACGUUCUGGGAGACCUGGGUUAUGUCACAUCAGCCUACUCGGCCAUUCUUGACAUCUUCUUUGCCGUGUACCCAAUCCCUUUUAUCAUGCGGCUGAACAUGCAGUUGAGAUCCCGCAUAGUUUGUUCCAUAGCCAUGGGGCUCGGCGUGCUUGCUUGCGCUAUUUCAGUCUACAAGCUCGCCAAGUUUGAUGAGACGUUUGAGAUGUUGGGUAAAGAUCCAACGUACGCAGUUGCGGUUCUCAACCUACUCGGCAUGGCAGAGGGUGCCGUACUGAUCAUCUGCUCAUCGAUUCCCUCCCUCGGCCCCCUUUACCGAGCCAUCAAGCGACGGCAGAACAGCGCCCGCGCCGCCUCAAAAGUAGAAAGUUUGAGCACCGGCAAAACAGUUAGCACCCUCCGAGCCAAAAGCAGCAACCCGACGCUUUCCAGUCAAGACUGGGAGGCGUUCAGAGCCCUGCGUCUUGACGAUCCAGAAAGAGGCAACGGUGGCCCUGGCCGCUUGCCACGGAGAAACAGUUCAGAUGUUAUACCGUUGAUGCCAAGCCCUGGUAUACGGAGCCACAGUCACAGUAGCUGCGGUCGUCGCGAUCGCAGUUCCGAGAACAGAGAGGGCGGAAGGUCUCCUUGCACCAUAUCGGUGCAGACGACGGUAGAUGUGACUGUAUCCGGAGAUGAUAGAAGCGAUCCAAGCGUCGCGAUGCCUAGGAGGGCGUUUGAUCAUGUAAUAAUAACUUGAAAAAAAGAAAGAAAAAAAACACAUGUAUAUAGACAGAUGUCAAAGCCAAUUUGCUUCAACUAGGUAUAUAACGAAACAAAUUCUCAAAGUAUCU